UAGCCACGACCCAUGCCACGUUCUCAAAUGCACACCUCUUUAAAUCCUCCCCAAAACCACCCAAUCAACUCCAUCAAACUCUCUCUCAAACACACACAAAAAGAAAGAAAGAAAGAAAGAAAGAAAGAAAGAAAAUAGGAAACAAGAAAUGCCGGGGCUGACAAUCGGAGACACUAUUCCAGACCUUGAAGUUGAAACCACACAUGGAAAGAUGAGGCUCUAUGACUAUAUUGGAGAUGGCUGGGUCAUUCUCUUCUCUCACCCUGGUGAUUUCUCCCCGGUCUGCACCACGGAACUUGCUGCGAUGGCGGCUUAUGCUGAUAAGUUUGCUGAGAGAGGAGUGAAGCUUUUGGGCUUGUCUUGUGAUGAUAUGAAUUCUCACAAGGAGUGGAUCAAGGACAUUGAGGCCUACAUCUGUGGUGUGGGUGUAUGCAUGCAGAAUGGGCAGAAGGUGAAAUACCCGAUCAUAGCAGACCCAAACAGAGAGCUCAUAAAGAAACUGAACAUGGUAGACCCUGACGAGAAAGACAGUCAAGGAAACCCAGUCCCAUCUCGUGCUCUCCACGUCAUAGGCCCUGACAAGAAGAUUAAGUUGAGCUUUCUGUACCCAGCAAGCACGGGGCGUAACCUGGAUGAAGUGUUGAGGGUGGUGGACUCGCUGCACAAGGCAUCAAAGCACAAAGUGGCCACACCAGUGAACUGGAAGCCAGGAGAGCCAGUGGUGAUAUCAUCUCCAAACAUGUCCAACGAGGAGGCCAAACAAAUGUUCCCUCAGGGUUACGACUCUACUGACCUUCCAUCCAAGAAAGAUUACCUCCGUUUCACCAAUGUCUAGAACACCAUCCAUCAUCAUCCCAUAACGAAAGUUGAUCCAUAUAUGGACGCUUGUAAAAUAGUAUAUAAGUACUGAUAUGAAGUUUAAUGUUCUUUUUUUUUUUUUUUUUUUUUUUUUUUUUUUGAUUUUAAUAGUAGAUCGAAAUGUCAUAUGGAGAGCAGUGUGUGAAAUUCUCUCUUGUGUGGCUAAGAAACAUCCCAUCUAAAUGCUUUUGUAAAUAUUUCUUUAAUAUCUUUAUGGAACAACAUUAAACUAUAGCUUGAUAUGGAGUUGGGUGCC